GGCCUCCCUCAGGGGACUUGCGAUGGCGGCCAGCUGGGCCAGCUCCUUGGCCGAAGGGCCACGUCUGGAGGAGCUGGCGGCCCACGCCACCGACCGUGCCCUGGUAGAGGGGGUGCUGAUGCGGACCGAGGACUCGCCCUGCUCGUCCCACGUUGUGAGUUAUGCUCCGUUCACGUUGUUCCCGUCGGCGGUGCCGAAGGCCCUGCUGGAACAGGCCUACGCGGUGCAGGCCGACUUCAACCGGCUCCUGGACGCGGUCAGCCGCAGCCCGGACUUCCUGGAGCAGACGCUGUCCAGCACCAUCAAAAUGGAUGACUUUGUCGCUCAGCUCUUCAAAAUCUACAAGCAGGUUCUGAAGGAGGGCCUCGCCCAGACGGUGUUCCUGGGACUGAACCGCUCCGAUUACAUGUUCAACCGCGGCACCGACGGCCCCCCAGUUCUGAAGCAAGUGGAGAUCAACACUAUUGCCGCCAGCUUUGGGGGCCUCUCCUCCAAGACCCCCGCGGUUCACCGGUACGUGCUCACCAUGUUGGGCAAGCCCGAGGAAGCAGCCAAAGUCCUUCCCAACAACCCAAGCAAAGGGCUCGCGCUGGGCAUCGCCAAGGCGUGGGAGCUGUACGGCUGCUCCGGGGCAGUCGUGCUGGUCAUCACUCAGGAGAAGGAAAGGAAUAUUUUUGACCACCAUUAUGUGGAGUAUGAGCUGGCUGCCCGGAAUAUCCGUGUGGUCCGGUGCAGGUUUGAAGAUGUCUCUGAAAAAGGGGCUCUGGAUAAGGACCGAAAGCUGUUCCUGGACGGCCAGGAAAUCGCCGUGGUUUACUUCCGGGACGGCUACAUGCCCGCUCAGUACAGCCCUCAGAACUGGGAGGCCCGGCUGCUGCUGGAGAGGUCGUGUGCCGUGAAGUGUCCCGACAUCGCCACCCACCUCGCCGGGACCAAGAAGGUUCAGCAGGAGCUGAGCCGCCCCGGGGUCCUGGAGACGCUGCUGCCCGGCCAGACCGAGUCCAUCGCGCGGCUCCGGGCCACCUUCGUGGGCCUCUAUUCCCUGGACCUGGGAGAAGAAGGAGACCAGGCCGUAGCCCGGGCCAUCGCAGCUCCGGGCCGGUUUGUUCUCAAGCCCCAGAGGGAGGGCGGAGGCAACAACCUGUACGGGGAAGAGAUGAAGCGAGAGCUGGAGAGGCUGAAGGGCAGCGCGGAGCGGGCCUCCUACAUCCUCAUGGAGAAGAUCGAGCCCGAGCCCUUCCGGGCCUGCCUGCUGCGGCCCGGAGCCCCCGUCCGCCUGGCCGACUGCAUCUCAGAGCUCGGCAUCUUCGGGGUCUACGUCAGGCGCGGUGACGAGCUGCUGGUCAACAAGCACGUGGGGCACCUCCUGCGCACCAAGGCCAUCGAGCACGCGGAUGGCGGGGUGGCCGCCGGGGUGGCCGUCCUGGACAACCCGUACCCGGUGUGAGAGCCGGGAGCGCUGGCUCGCCACUUGGGGACUGGGCCCCGCUGCCGCCUCCCGGGGUCCGUUGGGCACCGACCUAUUGGUUCGGUCUGAGCCCUGACCAGCUGGAGGGGGCCGGGGGCCGGGAAGUGCGACCUUGGGGAGGGAGGAGCGAGCCCGGGGACCAAAGGGAAGCGGAAAGCUGGCUGCCCUUUCGGGCUCUGGGGGAGCUGGCGGCAUUGGUGGCGGUGAUGGGAUGGUGGUGGUGGUGGUGGGAUGGUGAUGGUGGCGGGAGCUGUGGCAGUGACUGUCGUAACUCUCACCUACCUCAGCCCCUAAUUAAAGCCGUUGGUUAAAGAUG